CAUCACUCACAGAGUGCAGGUACAAGUGCAACACAUUUCCCCUCUUAAGGGUCACUUGCUCUACAAGCAAGGAGGAGGAAGGAGCCACAUAAACGUCCCGACCAAGAAUUCUUUUUUUUUUUUGUAACCAGGACGAGUUCAUAGUGGCAACAUGUGCACUGGAACAUGUUCACGUUGCAUUGCUGUGACUUUGUACCCGUUAGCGCUCACAUCCAUCAUCUGUAACAUUGUCUUGUUCUUUCCUGAUGGAGACAAGAAGUAUGUUACAGAUGGACAUAUUACUGAAGAGGUGAAGUACAUGGGAGGAAUCAUCGGCGGGGGAGUCAUGGUGUUGCUGCCUGCGCUUUACAUCCACCUGACAGGAAAACAAGGAUGCUGUGGGAAUCGCUGUGGGAUGUUCUUAUCAAUUGCGUUUGCUGCAGUGGGCGUGGCCGGGGCCUUGUACAGUUUGAGUGUGGCUGCGCUUGGUUUGAAGAACGGUCCGCUUUGUAAAGUCCUCCUGAUAUGGACCACGCCUUUCAAAGACAGUGAUCUGAAUUACCUGACUGACAACAAAUGGUGGGGGAAAUGCAUGGAGCCUAAGAACAUUGUGCAGUUCAACGCUGGACUGUUUGGUACCCUGUUGGCCUGCAGCUGUCUGCAGCUGGUUCUCUGUGCCGUCCAGAUGAUCAAUGGCCUCUUUGGCUGCCUGUGUGGAACCUGCAGAAGCAAAACAAUCAUCUAGAAAACUUCACGCUGCCAGGUUGGAAUGAAACCCUGCCAGCCGACAUGUUGCUUUUUUACUACCCGAAUUUAUGCAUUGCCUCAUGUCUCUUGUGCUUGCGGCUUCGAUGCGCCCUCUGCUGGCAGGCUGCAGCAGCUGCACAAUAGGAGCUGUACACAUGGCAACUUCACAUUUUUAUGUACAUUUCACCAGAUGUCCCACUAACAAACUGAAGCAGAAAUGUAAAAUUCCUUCAUGAAUUCACAUUAGUUUAUACUUCUAUAAAUGUGCUGUAGCUCGCUGCAUUAUAUUUCACAUCGCAUAGCAGUUGUAUUCAAAAACGCACGACAAUAAGCUUUCCAGAGAAAAAUUUAAUAUGAAUUUUGUAACUACAAUAUCAAGGUUGUUAUAUAUACUGCACACAACUACUUUUAGUGUUAUGUUAAUAAAACAAAUUUGCAUUAAAAA